AUGGGCGGCUACCGCACACGCCGUUUGCACGAGCUCAGCCCCUCCUUCUCGCCGGCCGACCUGGCGCACCCGGGUGCGGCCGGCCGGUCGCUUGGGGUACUGCAGUGCCGGCUGCAUUCGGGGGACGUCCUCUACCUGCCACCGGAGUGGUGGCAUCAGGUGGCGACGCGGAGCGGUCCUGGCGGGGGGCUGAGCGUCGCGCUCAACUGGUGGCAGGGGCCGGAGCUUCUCGGCGAGACGCACAACGCGUACUGGGCGCGGCCGUACCUGCAGGCGCUGCGCUCGCUGAGCGUCGCCGCGCCGCGCUAG